AUGGGGUUUGCAGAGUCAUGGGUUUCGUGGAUUAUGUUUUGUGUCACUUCAGUUGAGUAUAAAGUUCUUCUAAAUGGACAACCGAAUGGGUUGAUAGUCCCACAAAGGGGAUUACGGCAGGGCAACCCCUUAUCCCCUUAUCUGUUUAUUUUAUGCACAGACGUUUUAGCUGCGAAUGUACGGAAAGCAGAAAGGAAUAAGCUUAUUACAGGUAUAAAAGUGGCAAAUAAAUGCCCGCCUAUUACGCAUUUAUUGUUUGCUGAUGACAGUCUAUUUUUCUGUAAGGCGGACAACGAUCAAUGUCGGGUUAUUUUGGAUAUACUGAAGCAGUAUGAGUGUGUUUCGGGUCAACAAAUUAAUUUUUCUAAGUCCUCGGUACAGUUUGGCCAUAAGAUUGACGAGGCAACAAAGACAGAGCUACAGGGUGUCCUCGGGAUCACAACUUUGGGCGGUAUGGGGUCUUACUUAGGUUUACCCGAGAGUUUGGGAGGGGCUAAGACAAAGGUUUUCUCUUUUGUGCGAGAUAGAAUUCAGAGUCGGACGAGUAGUUGGACAGCAAACUUGUUUUCAAAAGGAGGCAGGGAAGUGAUGAUUAAAUCAGUUGCUAUUGCUGUUCUGACAUUCGUGAUGUCUUGUUUUCGGUUACCAAAAACAAUUACAUCAAAACUCACUAGUGCGGUGGCUAAUUUUUGGUGGUGUAAUAAUGGUAAGUCGGGGGGUAUGCAUUGGCUUGUCUGGAAAAAAUUAUGUGUCAGUAAACAACUAAGGGGGCUUGGUUUCAGGAAUGUGGAUGAUUUUAAUUCAGCCUUACUGGCUAAGCAGUUAUGGCAUCUGAUUGAUGUGCCAGAUUCACUGUUUGCUAGGGUUUUUAAAAGCAGGUACUACAGGAAUACGCACCCAUUGGAUCCAAUUAGGUCAUACUCUCCAUCCUAUGGAUGGAGGAGUAUAUGUUCCGCUUGCUCUCUGGUUAAUAAAGGGCUUAUUAAACGGGUUGGUUCCGGGGACACCAUUUCAAUAUGGUCAGAUCCUUGGGUACCAGCUCAAUUCCCGAGAGCAGCUUUAAGCAAGGGCCUGUUACGGGACCCUUUUCUUCAAAUGAAUCAGUUAAUUGAUCGACAGACAAACACUUGGCGUAUGGAUAUGCUCAAUGAGCAUUUUGAUCCGCUAGAUGUUGCUUUGAUAGGGGCUAUACCUCUAGGAGGUAACCAAAGGGAAGACUCGUUCGGUUGGCACUUUACAAAAACGGGGAAGUAUACAGUUAAAUCAGGAUAUCAUACGGCUCGUCUUGAUGUACCACAGACUUUUUCGGCAUCUGGUUGUGGUCAGGAAAUAACCCCCCUUCUGGCUAGUGUUUGGCGGGUUCGUUGCCCUCCAAAGAUUCAACAUUUUAUGUGGCAGGUUUUAUCGGGAUGUAUUUCGGUUUCGGUAAAUUUGGGACGACGUGGUAUUGCUUGCGACUUAGGAUGUGUAUGGUGUGGUGCUGAUGAGGAAACAAUAAAUCAUGCUAUUUUUGUUUGCCCACUGGCUCGACAGGUUUGGGCUUUGGCACACAUACCAGUGGGACCAAUUUCCUUCCCAACGGAUUCAGUGUAUGCUAAUAUUGAUCAUUUUUUAGGACAGCAGAAUCCUGGGGCUUCUGUGGCGGUUUUUUCUUGGCUUAUGUGGUAUAUUUGGAAAGCUAGGAAUGCAAGUGUUUUUGAAAACAUUGUGGAGCGGUCGGAGGAUAUUGUUUUGGUAGCAGCGGGUGAAGCAUCUGCGUGGCAGCAGGCUCAGGUAGAGGGGGAUUUGGAGACUUAUCCCACCCCUCCUGUAGUUUCAGGAUCACCGGUUAAGGUGGUAGCUGCUGCCCUACCCACGGCUUUUUCGGGUUAUCGCUGCUUUUUAGAUGGAUCAUGGAAAGCAGGUGACCUUUUUGCAGGAGCUGGAUGGUGGUGUACCUCGUUCCAGUCCGCGUCGCCGACUAUGGGAGCCAUGAAUUUCCGACGAAGUCUUUCUCCAUUACAUGCUGAAGUUGAAGCUUUUAUUUGGGCGAUGCGCUACAUGAUCGGACAUGAUUUCAGAGAUGUGGCUUUCUUUACAUACUGUUUAGACUUGGUGAAAAUGGUGUCUUCUCCUUCGGACUGGCCAGGUUUCUCGGCGUACUUUGACGAUUUCAAGAUUGAUAGGGAGGAAUUUUCAUCUUUUUCCUUAUCUUUACUUUCUAGAACUGCUAAUGGGGAUAUAUUGUUCUUGCGGAUGACCAAAGAGCCUAUUCGAGCAGGCGAGAUUGUUGUUUUUAGUGUUGAUGUAAAGAAUGGUGGUUAA